CCUGGACAGUCUGUCUGGACCCAGCUCUGCUGGGGUUUGCGCUCACAGCCGCACCCAGCAGUGUCACCCUUGAACCACUGCCUGGAAAACAUGAUCCAUCCCAGAUGUGUGUGAGAGGGCCCCAGCGCAGAAGGCAAUGGGAAUGAGGAGCAGCCCCCGCCCUCCUCGCUCUGGGGGUUCUUGAGGAACGGCCCAGCUCUGUAUGCUGACUGCUGGGGAAGCCGUGGUGCCCAGGAUGAAUGGGCUGCUCUGGUCCAGGCUGGUUCCGAGCUGUUAUCCCCCCUUCUCCUGCUGGGUCCGGCAUCACCAUGGCUGCCCCAUGCCUCCCAGUGCGGAUCAUCUUCUGGUAAGUGGCAGAGAUACCCCCACCGGUACCCCCUACCCAGGGCACCCCCCACCCAGCACCGCCCCAUGGGCAUUCCUCACCCAGCAUUGCCGCCCAAGGGCACCCCUCACCCAGCUCUGCCCCCCAUGGGCACCCCUCACCCAGCUACACCCCCAUGGGCACACCCCAUACAACUCCACCCCCAUGGGGACCCCUCACUCAGCACCACCCCCAUGGGCACUCCUCACCCAGCAUUGCCGCCCAGGGAACCCCUCACCCAGCUACACCCCCCAUUGGCAUACCCCAUAUAGCUCCACCCCUGUGGGCACCCCUCACCCAGCACCACCCCUGUGGGCACCCCUCACCCAGCUACACGCCCCAUGGGUACUCCUCAUCCAGCAAUGCCCCCAUGGGCACACCCCAUACAGCUCCACCCCCCAUGGGCACCCCUCACCCAGCACCACCCCUGUGGGCACCCCUCACCCAGCUACACGCCCCAUGGGUACUCCUCAUCCAGCAAUGCCCCCAUGGGCACACCCCAUACAGCUCCUCCCCCCAUGGGCACCCCUCGCCCAGCUACACCUCCCCAUGGGUACUCCUCACCCAGCACUGCCCCCAUGGGCACACCCCCAUACAGCUCUGCAUCCCCAUGGGCACCCCUUACCUAGGACUGCCCCUUCCUUGGGCACCUCCUACCCACAACUGCCCCCCUAAGGGCACAGCCCACCCUAGGCACUGGGUCCCUCCCUCAGCCUCCCUUCUCACCCUCCCAAUUCUGACACCCCUGGCACUGGGCCUCUGCCCAAGCUCCAGCCUUCCUGCCCACACUGGUUCCCUUUCAGCAUGGGGCUGCUCCACACUGAUGCUGGGCUCUGUUUCCCUUGUAGUGGCAGCUGAGGAUACAGAAGCCGGACAGGGGAAAUGGCCCCCGGCUCUGGGGCCUUCGAGAUUCUUCUCCCUGACAGUGGCCAGGUCCUGCACUCCAAGAUCAACGGUGAUGGCUACGUGGACAGUAACGCCAAGGUGCAGCGCAUCUGUGAAGGCAUCAGCAAGGUCCUGGAACAGUAGCGAGCAGGGAUUGGGGUGCUGUGGUUUCCAGGGCAGCACAUGACGGGAUCAGCCGAAAGGGAGUCAUAGCCCAGGCCAGUCCCUGACCUCCCCCCGAUGCUCCAACCCCUGUGGCUAUCGCCAAGCAAUAAAGAGCAACAUCCUGGCAGGCAGCUCCAUGCCCUUUAUUUACAGGGAAUGC